AUGGACCACGCACCUCGAAUCCUCCUCUUCGGGGCUGGAAGCAUCGGUGCUGUCUAUCUGUAUCAGCUCCAGCGGGCUGGCUGUCAGGUCACAGCCGUGUGCCGGUCCAACUAUGAAGCGGUAAGGCAGAAUGGCUUUACGCUGCUCAGCAAGCGAUUCGGCAAUGUGCAGUUCCGCCCAGACCAGGUUGUGAGAAGCGCCGCGGAGUGUCCAGAGGACAUCACCUAUGAUUUUGUCUUCAUUGCCACCAAAUCAUUCCCCGGUUCGACGCCCUCGUUGAGCGACCUGAUUCGACCUGCUGUCCGUGGUCGACCUCGGACAGCCAUUGUGCUCGCUCAGAAUGGAAUCGCCAUCGAGGACGAGGUGGCCCAGGCAUAUCCGGACAACCCCCUCCUGAGCUGCGCCGUCUACCUCCCGGCCACGCAGACGGCCCAGGGCGUGAUCGAGUAUCCCGAGAUGCUGAAUCUCCUCGAGAUUGGCACCUUCCCCUCGACCGCCCCCGCAUCCCACAAGGCUGCCGCGACCAGGUUGGCAGAAUUGAUGAUCGCCGGCGGAGGGCAGGCCGAAGUCCACGAUGAUAUUCAAAUCGCCCGCUGGGGCAAGAUCAUGCUGAAUUGUGCUUGGAGUCCCACCUGUGCUCUCUCAAUGUCCACAGAUGCGGAUUUCUGCAAUUCAUCUUCUCCGUAUUCUUACGAGCUGGUGUGGUCGAUCAUGAAAGAAAUCAUCGGGCUGGCCAAGAAGAUGGGAGUCCCCAAUGUGGACGAGAAAGUCGCGGAGCAGAAGCUGGCAAUCGGCAAACGACGGGCAGAGACGAGGCAGGGGAGGGAGACGAGUAUGGUGCAGGAUGUCAAGCAAGGCCGACUGUUCGAGGUUGAAGCAAUCGUGGGCAAUACUGCUCGCCUGGGGCGGCAAUGGGGAGUCGACAUGCCUCUGACGGACAUGCUGUAUGCGCUGUUGAAAGCAAGAUUUGAUGCCAUGGUCCGGGAGCAGAAUGGAGAAAUCACCCAUUGA